UGUCCAAUCAGCGAAGGUUAUGGGGCGGGGCCGUUUUCCUGCGCUUUCCUCUUGGUUGUGCAGCGUGGACAGAGCGGUGUCACUGGGAGCCUUUACUCACACAUUCUCCGUCCAAACCCGUUUCUACCAGAAAAUGGACACUUCUUUGAGUGCAUCUCAAAUUCGUGAGAAGUUUAUUGACUUCUUCAAGCGAUAUGAACACCAGUAUGUCCAUUCAUCAGCCACCAUCCCCCUUGAUGAUCCUACACUGCUUUUUGCCAACGCUGGAAUGAACCAAUUCAAGCCUAUCUUCCUGAACACCAUUGACCCAUCUCACCCAAUGGCCAGACUGAAGCGUGCAGCUAACACACAGAAAUGUAUACGUGCAGGAGGGAAACACAAUGACCUGGAUGAUGUUGGUAAAGAUGUGUACCAUCAUACAUUUUUUGAAAUGCUUGGGUCCUGGUCAUUUGGAGACUACUUUAAGCAUCUGGCCUGUAAAAUGGCCUUAGAGCUUCUUACACAGGAGUUUGGAAUUUCCAUUGAUCGUCUAUACGUCACUUACUUUGGUGGAAGUGCUGAAGCUGGUCUAGAACCUGACCUGGAGUGCAAACAGAUUUGGAUUGACCUUGGUGUUGCAGAGGCUCGUAUAUUGCCUGGUAAUAUGAAGGAUAACUUUUGGGAGAUGGGUGACACUGGCCCUUGUGGACCCUGCAGUGAGAUCCACUAUGACCGCAUUGGUGGGCGUGAUGCCUCUCACCUGGUCAACAUGGACGACCCAAAUGUUUUGGAGAUCUGGAACUUGGUGUUCAUCCAGUUUAACAGGGAGUCAGAGACUGUGCUGAAGCCUCUGCCUAAGAAAAGCAUUGACACAGGAAUGGGCCUUGAACGCUUGGUGUCUGUCCUGCAGAACAAGAUGUCAAACUAUGACACCGAUCUCUUUCUUCCAUACUUUGAUGCUAUUCAGAAGGGCACAGGGGCCCGUCCAUACACUGGGAAAGUGGGUGCUGAAGAUGAAGAUGGCAUUGAUAUGGCUUACCGAGUUCUGGCUGAUCACGCUCGUACUAUUACCAUUGCUCUGUCUGAUGGAGGUCGGCCUGACAACACAGGAAGAGGGUAUGUGUUGAGGAGGAUUCUGCGCCGUGCAGUCCGUUAUUCCCAUGAGAAGCUUGGAGCUAAGAGAGGCUUUUUUGCCUCACUGGUGGAUGUGGUGGUGGAGUCCCUUGGCAAUGCAUUCCCAGAGCUCAAGAAAGACCCAGAAAUGGUGAAAGACAUCAUCAAUGAAGAGGAGGCCCAAUUCCUGAAAACCCUCAGCAGAGGGCGCAGAAUCCUCGACCGAAAGAUCAUGAGUCUUGCUGACAGCAAGACCAUUCCUGGUGACACAGCAUGGUUGUUGUAUGACACGUACGGUUUCCCCCUGGACUUGACUUCUCUGAUAGCAGAGGAGAAGGGGAUGCAGGUGGACCUGGCUGCGUUUGAAGAGGAGAAAAAGGCGGCACAGCUGAAGUCACAGGGCAAAGGUGCAGGAGGCGAGGAUCACAUCAUGCUUGACAUUUACGCCAUCGAAGAGUUGAGAAACAAGAACGUUCCGGCCACAGACGACUCCCCCAAGUACAAGUACAGCUCUGAUGAAAAGGGCAGCUACGUGUUUGAAGAGGCCACAGCCACAGUUCUGGCCUUGCGGCGUGACCGUGCCUUCUGUGACGAGGUGACCACGGGGCAGGAGUGUGGGGUGCUUCUGGACCAAACUUCCUUCUACGCAGAACAGGGAGGGCAGACUUUUGACGAGGGCUACAUGCUCCGGGAACAUGACAGUGCAGAAGAUCGUAUGGAGUUCACAGUUAAGAAUACACAAGUCAGAGGGGGCUAUGUCCUGCAUAUCGGUACAGUUUAUGGCACACUUAAAGUUGGUGACCGUGUUACUCUACAUGUAGAUGAGGCUCGUCGGAGGCCAAUCAUGAGCAACCACACUGCUACACACAUCUUGAACUUUGCGUUACGAGGGGUUUUGGGUGAAGCAGACCAGAGAGGCUCCCUGGUUGCUUCAGACCGUCUGCGCUUUGACUUCACCGCCAAAGGAGCUCUGAGCACCGGGGAGGUCCGCCGCACUGAGGAGAUCGCCUCUGCUAUGAUCAGGGAUGCUAAGCCUGUGUAUGCCAUGGAGGCCCCUCUGGCACAAGCCAAAGCCAUCCAGGGGCUGCGUGCGGUGUUUGAUGAGACGUACCCAGAUCCUGUGAGAGUCGUGUCCAUUGGGAUCCCAGUCCAGGACCUGCUGGAAGACCCCAACAGUGCUGCUGGCUCCCUCACCUCCAUCGAGUUCUGUGGAGGAACCCAUCUGCAGAACUCUGGGCAUGCUGCACCGUUUGUUAUUGUCUCCGAGGAGGCCAUCGCUAAGGGCAUCCGCCGCAUUGUAGCUGUGACAGGAUCCGAAGCCCAGAAGGCCCAGAGGAAAGCUGAUGCGCUGCACCAGGCCCUGGCCGCUCUGGGAAAGACAGUGAAGCAGCAGAGCUCACCCAACAAGGACAUCCAAAAGGAGAUCGCUGACAUGACAGAGUCCAUCGGCACUGCUGUCAUCUCACAGUGGCAAAAAGAUGAGAUGAGGGAAACAUUAAAAGGCCUUAAAAAGAUCAUGGAUGAUUUGGACCGCAACUACAAGGCAGACAUCCAGAAGAGAGUCGUGGAGAAGAUUAAGGAGGAGAUUGAAAAGAACCCCAACCAAGAGUUGCUUAUCAUGGAGAUGGAGCCUGGAGCCUCUGCAAAGGCCCUUAAUGAGUCACUGAAGCUGCUAAAGACCAACUCCCCUCAGACUGCUGCCAUGCUGUUUACGGUUGACCCCGAGGCUGGCAAGAUCACAUGCCUCUGCCAGGUCCCACAGGAAACUGCAAACCGUGGCUUGAAGGCCAGUGAGUGGGUUCAGGAGCUCUGUCCCCUCUUGGAUGGGAAAGGAGGUGGGAAGGACAUGUCUGCCCAGGCUGCAGGCAGGAACACAGAGUGCCUGCAGGAGGCGCUACAGAUGGCAAACAAUUUUGCAAGACUUAAACUGGGAGAAAAUUGAAAAGGAAGUGGUGAAGUUGUGUUUAAAAAAAAUUGGGUAGAAGAGUUAACGCUCUGACUGGGCAUACUUCAACUAACCAUCUUCACUCCAUCAGACAUAAGAAAUAGCCGCAAAGCUAUACAAAAUAAGCUGCUAUUUAUUGUUUGAAUAAAAGUAACAGGAAAGUCUUAACACUUGAAAAGGUGAAGAUGCUAUCAGCAGAAGGCACCUCAGGCUGUGAGAAUAUGGUUAUUUUAAUGUCUGGCUCCAUUUAUCUUGCAUGUGUCCAUAAGGGAAGAAUAACGUGUCCUGAUUUAGCCUCUUGCACACCACAGCUGUUAAGUUUAAAACUCGGUUUAUUUUUCAGUAUCAUUUUCUCUAUGGAAGCACUUCUCCUUAAACCCUCUCAUGUAGGUACAGUGUCUUUCUGUAUGUUUUUUGAUGACUGGAUUUCACUUGUUCAUACAAUAGCUUUGUCAUGUAUAAUACCACUUGAAUGAAAAUAGUCUGUACUUGUCAUUUAAUAUUAACAUUUUAUCAUUGUAGCGUUUCACUGUCAAUGGGAAAUGAAUAAAUUUAAUGCUUAAUA